CGCAUCAUAAUUGAUGCGACUUCGGUGUUUUGCUAAACUAAUGCAUUCCAAGGAUUCUUGCUUUGUUUGUAUUACCAUAGCACGAAUGUAGUAAUACAAGGUAGAAAAUGGCCUUUGCUUCGGAUGCAAACACCGUCGAGCGAAUGGAGAGUCUUCUGACAUGUUCGAUAUGUAUGGAGACCCUGACUAAACCGAGAACGCUGGCUUGCUUUCAUUCCUUUUGUCAACAUUGUCUCGACCAGUAUGUCGAAAUUCAACGCAAAGGAAAACGUAGUAGGACAAAGCAAACGUUCAACUGUCCUCAAUGCAGAACCCCGUUUGAACUCAGACAAGGCGAGAGCGUAGAACAACUUCCAUCUGCCCAUUUUAUCAACAACAUGAUCGACAUUUUUGAAGCACAGCAACAAACACCAAAGCUUCCUUGCGGAUCUUGCGAAGCCGACGUGUCGGCUAUGUGCAGAUGCAUUGAAUGCGAACGUUAUCUGUGCAGGAAUUGCUUGUCAACUCACAGCAAAUGGCCCGACUUCAAACAACAUGUUGUGAUGAAUUUAGAAGAACUGGCAAAGCCUGAGAACCAAGCCAAAGUCGAGGGAAAGCCACGAUGCACGAAACCAGGUCAUGGAAAUAAACCUCACGAAUAUUUCUGUAAUACAUGUCAAGAAUUGGCCUGCAUGACUUGUGGUAUACUAGUUCAUUCGAAAGAUGGUCACGAUUAUCAACCUAUUGAUGUUGUGGCAAAGGAGCACAGGCAAUCCUUGCAGACUAUUUCAGCAUCGUUAGAGACGAAGUCCAACGAAGGACGGACUGCUUUGCAGGAUAUAGAGAAGGCGAUUGUAAAUUUACGAGCGAACUCUAAAAGAGCAAAAGAUGCCAUCAUGCAACAAGAAAAAGAAAUCGUCGAACAAUUUACCAAGAAGCUGAAACAAAGCACAGCUGUCUUGCUUAGCCAAGUCGAAAAUUACGACGAAGUGAACGAGAGGCUCUUGAAGCAACACGGCGACAUGAAAGCCUACGUGAAGAAAGUCAAUGGCUCCCUGGAAUUCGCAAAGAGCAUCGUCGAGAAAGGGAACAUUGAAGAAAUUCUUUUGCUCGAAAAGGAAAUCGAAGCAAACACCGGCGCUAUCGACAGGGAAAAACCCGAAAUGAUGUUGCCUGUCCAUCGUGGCUGUUUUCAAUAUCUGCCUAAUUUCACGAAGAGCAUUCUUGACCCCGUGGACUUGAACAGUUUAGGCAAAGUCGUUCAAUCACUACAGUCGUUACUGGAAAGAUCGAUCAUUUUGGACGGCGACAGCUCCCUGGCACAGCCACUUUCACAUUGGAUGGAAGAUAAGUACUUUGGUUGGCAACUUUGUUAUCGAGCUUCACGAGAUGGCUGGAGGGGAGAAGAUUUUCAUAGAAAGUGUGACGAUGUUGGGCCUACAGUGACCUUGGUGAAAUGUGGGAUCAACGUUUUUGGUGGCUAUACUGACCAAAGCUGGAAGCCUGAAGCCGGAUUUUUUGGCUUUAAACGCUCGGAAGUUUCAUUUAUAUUUUCACUUCGAAACACAAACAAAGAGCCGAAGUUACCGCCUUUCAAGUGUCAAAUCUAUGAACGUCAAAUUGAAGGAGCUAUCGUAUGCAAAGCUGACUGCGGAGCAAUUUUUGGUGGUAUUUGCUUUGGUAAUCGAGAUCUGUUCAUUUGUGGUGAUGCGAAUAAGAGCCAAGCUUCCUACAGCAACCUUGGUCAGGCGUACCAACUGCCACCUGGAUUUCAGCAAGGCACUGUGCAAACCAAAGCUUUGCUGGCGGGCAGUGAGUAUUUCCAGCCAACAGAAGUUGAAGUGUUUUGCCGUUAAACGAAGGUGCACUCGAACCGCUGUUAUAAAAAUAUUAAUAAAUCAAAUAUGUUAAAUAUUAAUUAAAUGAGUAUUUUUCAAAUAA